AUGAGCAAGAAAGAUAUCGCUACGAAGCAACUUUUCGAAGUCGUCAAAAACAACAAAUCUGACGAGGUCGCAAAUGUCCUCAAAAACCCCGAUGUCGACGUCAAAGCUUUUCGACAUGGCCGGACUGCUUUGCAUUACGCCGCCAUGCGGGGUGAUCUCAGAAUCAUCGAGCAGCUAAUUUCCGCCGGCGCAAAUGUCAAUGCAAAGUCAGAAAAAGACUUCAACGAAUCGAUUGUGCACUGCGCUGCUGUUCAUCCUUUUCCUCUCAAAGUCUUCGAAGUUCUUGAAAAGCACGGAGCAAACUUUCUCGUCCAAGACAGCGAAGGGGCCAAUCCACUUCAUCUCCUCGUCGGUUUCGACAGCGUUUUCAACAAAUAUGCCAAAGCAACUUCAUGGGAAAACCUCAAACCCGCGAUCGAAUUUCUUGUGAAGAAAGGAAUGGAUCCAGCGGAAAAAGGAUGUUCUUCAGGAACCAGCGCGAUCGAAGCAGCAAAUUUGAGCAAAAAACUUAGCGACUCAGUAAAGCAAGAAGUCGUCGAUUUCAUGAGACAAGCCUCGAGUUCCUUCGAAGCAAAAUGGCUCCAAUCAAAGUUGCCAAAACCGACGCAGCCACGAGAGCAGAUAUUUCAAAUUGUACAGCAAGCCGACCCACUUCCAAUUUUACAGACUUACCUCAGAGAUCAUGACAUUUCCCAAGCAGUGAACGAAAAGCUAGAAAACCCUCUGCACUGCCUGUUUCGCCCAGAAUCAAAUUGUAAAGAAAUCAGAAAGAUUGGCGAAACCCUCGGCUUACUUCUCAACGCUGAUGUCUCUCCUUCCGACAAGAAUUUGUGGGGAAGAACAACGAUGGAUUACAUCCAGCACUAUUCUCAAAUCGGGGAUGAAAUGAAAAAACAGAUUAUUGAACAACUUGUGAGAGACAAGGAGCUGGGAGAUAAGCUUUUACAAGCUGCUGCCAAAAAUGAUACAAAACAACUCAGAAUCCUGCUUGAUCGAAAAUCGAGAACUGGCACUGCAAGAGCUAAUUAUCACAAAAAUGGUCGCCGUGCGAUUCACAUGAUUGCCCUGAAUGGGAGCGCUACUUCGCUGGAGCUGCUGCUGAGUAAGGGAGCGAGGCCGGAUAGAGUUGCUUUUGGGGACUAUUCGGAGACUCCUGUUCAUUGUGCUUGUAUCAAUCCGAAGCCGAGGGUGAUGCUGGAAGCGCUGGAAAGAUAUGGAGCGAAUAUGAAGGUUCUUGAUGCGGCUGGUAAUUCUGCGCUGGACAUUUUGGUUGGUGGCGAGACUUGCUUCGAGAUGGAAACCAAAUGUCUCGAAAAAGAAGACCUCCUGCAAGCAAUUGAAUUUCUCAUGGAAAACGGCGUCACGCCUAAAGAUGAUCUCGUCAUCGACAAAGAAGAGCGAAUGUCAAGAGAAACAAGGGAACAUGUCAAAGAGCUAAUAAAUCGUCGAAAAUCACAGCAAUGGAUGGCAAGAAUCGACUCCGAAAUCAAAGAAAUUCGCGAUACAAGGUCAAUUAUCCAGACCAAAGUUCUCACAAUCGAAGCUGUUCUGGAAGAUCACAACUUGGAUUUCUCGUCUCCCGCCGCCAAUUCAACCCCAAAGAAGCCAACUCAAAACGGUCUCGCAGCAUCUAUCAAUACCGAAGACCUCAAAAAGCAAGUCCAAGAAGAAAUUCAAAAAGUUAGAGAAGAAUUCAAGCAGCAAUCCGGCGGAGGAGGAAAUAUUAAAAAUGAUGACUUUAAUCAACUCUUGCUCAAAACAGAAACGGCCAAAAUCGAAAAUUUCAAUGCAAUCGAAGAAAUUAAGGAAAAGCUGAUUUCCGAAGUCAAGAUGUUGCGAGAAGAUCUGUUUACUUGUCAAAGAGGGCUGGAAGAAGAAAGAGAAAGAUUGGAUGAGGAGAAAAUGAGUCGACUGGAGCUUGAAGGAGAAAUCAGCGAGCUGAAGCGACAAGUAAAAAGCGGCGCAAUUUCUUCUGAUGAGAAGAAAAAUAAUCAAUCAGGGCUUGAAAAUGUGGGCGAAGAUUCUGCGCUUGAGGAAGUUUUGCCACAGUUGGAUGAGCUUCAGGAGAAAUUGAUCAUGCUAGAGGAUAAGGUGGAGCAUGUGACGAAGUUUGGUGCUACUGAUGCGCCGAUGGAUGCGAUUAUUGAGCUGACAGCGAAGUUGAAGCAGGAGUUUCAGGAGUUCAAGUCGGACACGGAAGAAGUCAAACAUGUUUUGGAAAAGAUUAAAAACAAUUCAUCAUCCGUCGAACUGCGGGUCUCAACUCUCGAAGAGUCAUCAAAAUCAAAGCAAGAAGUGCUCGACAGAAUCGUUGGAAUCGUCGAGAAAAAUGAAGCUCAAUGCGAAUCACAAUCCUCCAAACUCCAGCUCCUCGAAGACACUAUCCGCAAAACGCGUGAAGAAAUCGCCUCUGGCGCAGGCGGAUCUACUGCAGGUGGGAACACUUCUAUGUCUUCCGAUCCAGAGUUGAUGAAAAAAUUGGAUGAAAAAAUCGACCAAGUCAAAUCGAUUUCCUGCUCUCUCAUCGAAGCUUCUUCUGAAAAAGCAGCGGAAGAACUGAUGACUGUUCAAGAAAAUCUUCACGAAAUGAUCAUGGCUGUCGAAGAAAAAGUCAUGGAUGCUUCCUUCAAUGCAUCUCAGUCCCCAAGUGCAGCGCAAGCGGACACAAUGAGUCUUGGCGGAGGUGUCUCUUCUGAACUUCUCAACCAGCAGCUUGCAGAAGUUCGAGUGGACAAAGACAUGAUCAUUCAACGAUUAAAUGUGGCGGAGACUGCGCGAUUCGAGCUCCAAAAAGGUGUCGAUGCAAUGCGAGAAAGAGUAGCCCAACACAAAGACCACAGUGACGCGAUUUUCGACUAUCAAAAGAAAGAAAUCUCCGACUUGCGCAUCGAGUUCGAGGGCUUUCGCGAGCAUGAAAACACGAAACGCCAGGUAACGGAAGAAAAAGAAGCCAAAGUCGAUGAGCAAUUGAAAAAUCUAACUUCGGAGUCGUCAAAAUUUCAUUCUGAACUUUGCGAAGUGCAAGAAAAGGAUGAAAAUACGAAGAAAUCGAUUUCUAAGCUCAGCGAAAAGAUUUCGAGCAUCGAUGAAGAAGUUAUCAAACUGGCUGAUGAUAGAAAUCAUAAUGUCGCUUCUUUGGAGGCGCUGAAAAAUUCGAUUCUAGAGCUGGAGAAAUUAAUGAGUGAGCAGAUGUCAGCUGAUAUAGAACAAUCGCAAAAAACCGAAAUCAAACUGAGCGAACUCCUUCAAUUCCAGCAAACCGCUGCUCCGAACCUUCAACUUCUCACCGAAGAUCGCGAAAAAACUCAAAUCGCGAUUGAAAGCAUCCAGGCUUCUGUCAAAGCGCUUACCGACGCUGUCAACAAUGAUGCUCAACUUGAUACCAUCAGCGCCGCUGUCCUCGAGCUGUCGGACAAAUUGGCGAAGCAGGGAGAGCGAAUUGUUGGCCAGGACAAGACAAUUGCUGUGGCAGAGCAUCGGAUCAAGCAAACUUCGACGGAGAUCGAUGACAAAAUGGAGAAAUACUCAAACGUCAUCGAUGAAGUAAAAGACUCCUCGACCAAACUUCUCGAAGAAAUCGCAGAAAUACGCGCGAAUCUUUCAUCUUCUGAAGAUUCUCAAAAAUCCCUUCUUGAUGAAUAUGCGGAAAAGCUUCAAGCAGAAAUUCUAGCGUCAAAAGACUUUCUCGUGAAAAAGCAAAACACGGAGACGAAAGAAAUCGCAAAGCAAAUUUUCAAAAUGGACAAAGAUUUUAAGAUCGCUGCGGAAGUGGGGAAAACAAACGAAGAAUCCAUUGCGAAUUUAAGGGGGAAAGUUGAGCUGGUCAAGGAUGCGGAGGACAAUAUCAAAAAGAGCAUUUUGCUGGUGGAGGAAAAGAUAACUGGCGAUACCGCUAGAAUGAACCAGCUUGAGAGCUCUAUUUCUUCACUCAAGACCCAACUAAACGCCCAACAAACCGCUGCUCUGGACGGCGAGUCCGUCGCCCAACAAGUCGCUCAAGAACGCGACCGAAUCGCAGCCGAACUUGAGCGCGCUCAAAAAGCUCAAGCCGAGCUCAUCUCCGAGCGUGAACAAACCAAGCGAGCUCUGAAAUCUCUCGAAGAAAAACUCGAGGCUCAGGAAAAGAAGAUGGAAAAGAUGGAUGAUUUUGUUUCGGACACGAAGGUGCAGAAAAUUGUCGGCGAUGGGUUGAGUGAGGAAGCAGAAAAAGCCUCGAAAAUGGCGGAAAAUCUCAUCCAACGCGAAGAAUCGACCAAAUCCGAACUCGAAGCUAAGAUCAAAAAGCUCUCUCAAGAAAUCGACUCGACUCAGUCAAAGCUGCAGAAAGACGUAGAAAUGCUGAUAGAGUCAAAAUCAAAGGCACAAAGAGGCCUGGACGAUCUCAAGUUUGAGCUGGAGCAGAAAAUGCUUGAGAUAAAAGAGUCGCAAAGCAAUCAGCAAAAUCAGGGCGGAAUGAGUUUGAAGGAUGAGCUUGGUGGCGUUGCUGGAAAAACUGAUAUCGUCAAACAAGUCGAAAACGCCGAGAAACUAGCAAAAAUAGAAGCAGAACUGAUCCGGCUGAAGGGCGAAGUCCAGCUCGCGAAUACAAAAACUCAACAAGCUACUCAACGAUCUACCUCAAUCGAAAACGACCUCUCAGACUUGCUCGUGGCCAAAGAUAAAACUACGAUGAAAAUAAACGCUGCGGAAACAGAAACAAUCGAGCUCCGAGGCAAAUUUGAAGCAAUGGAAAGACUCAAUCAGUCUCAAGCUUCGAAAAUCGAACGUUUGGAAAAACAACUCCGAGCUACAAAUGAAGAUCUCGCCUCAAUGGUCACCACUCUCGAAGAAAAAACGCUUCAAUUAAACAAGGAGCGACGCGAAAAUGAAGCAAAUGUGAAUUACAUGGAGCGCAUGAAAGUCGACCUGGAAAUGAAAAUGGAAGCUCGAGAAGACGAGCUCCGACGCGCUUUCUUCGGCGAAAUUCAAAAGGCACUUUUGGAGCACGACACGAGCCAGGGCGAGCGGCUGAUUCAGAUCGAGCGUCAACUUGAGCGACAGAAUAACGAAUUCAUGAUGGUUCAGCAAAUGAAUGAUGCGAACAACAUGCAACACGAAGAAGCACGACGUCAAGCGAUGAAAGCUGUGAAGGCGAAGCUUGACGAAAUUCAACGAAAAAGCAGGGGGCAAAUGGCGGUGGUCAACGAGCUGGCCCUCGGAGUCCAGGAGCUCCAGGAACUCCAAGAACGAAACGUCCGCGGCGGCCUUUCCCACAAACUCGGUGACGCCGUGGCCGGGCUAUUCUCAAACGACCGACCGGGCUCACCGACUGGUUCUGUUCGCUCUACCUCGACAACUGCCACUUGGUGGCGACGAUAA